ACUCAAGUACGUCCCGUGGAAGAAGCAAGAAUAACAGGAAGUGGACUUCGAAUGAGGAUGAUGAAAAGCCUUGUAUGAGUUGUCUUUAGAUCCAAGGUGGACGGUAGAUGGUAACUUCAAAAAUGGAUACCUGGCGAUAUUGGAGAAGCAUCUUGCCGAGAAGUGCUUGGGUUGUGGUAUCUCUUCAAUUCCGCACAUUAAGUCAAGAGUGGGGCACUUUAGGACAAAAUAUGGUGCUCUUGAAGUAAUGAUAGCCAAAAGUGGUUUCACAUUGGAUGCAAACCGAAAGAUAAUUCAAUGCGGGAAGGCACAAUAUGAAGCAUAUUGUAAGAUUCAUAAUGAGGCAAAGGGAUUGUAUGGUGUCCCAUUUCUGUACUUUGAGCGGCUGGAUGCUCUUUAUGGCAAGAUUGUAGCAACGAUGGAAAAUGUUAAAGGAUUUGGUGAGACAGUGGUAAACUUGCAAAAUGAAAUUGCUAAAUCAAAAGGGAAGGCAAGUUGUGAAUUGACUAGGCUUAGCUUCAUUGGGUGUGAGAUCGUUGAGGCUGCAUCCGUAUUUGCUAAAGCUCCAGAUCACAUGAACAUGAUGCUUAUGCUUCCAGAAAAUCUGAGGAGGGAGUUCAUCUUAAAAUUGCUCGCUGAUGAUAAAAGAAGCUAG